GAUGCCGAGCGCGAGCAUGGUCAAAGUUCACUAACGUCGAUAGGUGCAUGUCUUGACGGUAAUGACCAUUACGCCAUACCACGAGGCGAGUUUAGCCAUUAUCAUUUACCAUUGGGUCAAUCGAGGGAGGCGCGAAGUCCGUCCUCGCAGCAGGCUUUUAAAUUUGCCGGCUUGAGCUUACAGUAACGUUUAGUGUAUAUAUGGAAGCUCGAAUGAACUGCAUUGAGAAUGGAUGCACUCUUCCGUCCAGACCCUUAUCAUUUGCAUCAGGUGGCCAGUGGUCAAACCAACAAGCCGCCCAAAGAAGAAAAGCUACCAAGGAUAUAAUACAGGAUGAGUAUUCCACUUCUUUCUGGACACGGCCCUUGCUUUCGGCAGACGCAUGCCCUGGUGCACACGGUUUCCUGCCCCUACCAAUAAUCAGCUUGCUACAACUAGAAAAUAGCAACCAUGCAAAUACUCACGAGCUGUAGAGACGCAGCCUGAGCUUCCAGGAGCACCCUAGCUGUCAGAGCUGGCCGACCCUCGGGUCCGAUGUUUGCGCGCUUCCGCCACGACAAGGCCGCCGCGCCGCAAGGGCCGCCCCACAAUGGCCACCAUGGCGCAGGCGCGAAAGCUGGUCUAAAUGCUCCAUCGGACUCGCUGACACAGCCGCCACUGCGUUUUGCGGGGCGACGCGACUAUGACAUCGAGCCCGGCGCAGAUGAGUGGGGCCUCACGCCAAACCAGCAGGAGGCGGCUGUGGAGAGUUUCCGGCGGCAACUGGUGGACAUUGACCCGCGGCUGUGGGACCCACAGCGACACGACUUCUUCACGCUCCGCCGCUUCCUGCGCGCCCGCUCCUACCACACGGCCCGGGCUGUGGACAUGUGGCGGGCGCACCUGGAGUGGCGGCAGGCCAAUGACGUGGACAGAGUGCUGCAGGACUUCUCAUUCCCGGAGCGUGGAGAGUUCCUGCGGCACGCGCCUCAGGGCUACUACCACACCGACCGGCAGGGCCGGCCGGUGUACGUGCAGCUGCUGGGCUCGGCGGACCUGGGCGCACUCAGGCGCAUAGCCACUGAGGAGCGAAUGUUCAGGUUCAUGGUCCAUGAGCACGAGUACGUCUGCAAGGUGAUUCUGCCGCUGUGCUCGCGGCUGGCGGGGCGGCACGUGGACACCAUAUUCAACAUCGUGGACGUCAAGGGCCUGCGUCUGAGUCAGCUGACGUCGGACACACUGCGGUUCUUCCAGCGGGUGACCAAGACCGACCAGGACCACUACCCGGAGAUGCUUGCGCAUGUGGCUGUCGUCAACGCGCCGCCCGUGUUCCGACUGGUGUGGGGCAUGGUGCGGCGCUUCCUGGAGCCACGCACACAGAGCAAGAUACAGAUCCUGGGCCCCAACUACCUGUCCGCACUGGAGCAGUGGAUUGAGCCCGACAACCUCCUGCCCCUGUUCGUGAGGGAGGGCGCGGCGGCGGCGGCAGCAGCGGCGGAGCACCAGCACCACCACUGGCGCCGCCACAGCAGCGGCGGUGUGGUCGGGGAGGAGGCGGCGGCGGCGGCGCGGCUGGAGGAGGCCGCCCGACAGCUGGAGGGCAAUGAGGGGCCGUGGCGCGACCUGAUGCUCUAUGAGCGGCUGGGCCUGGACUUGCAACAGCUCAAGGCCGGACUGCCGCCACCACCACCACCACCACCAGCUGCUGCCGCUGCUACUCCUCAGCCUCAGACUCACCCUGAGACUCUGCCUCAGCCGGAACUCGCUGCACCCGUGCCGUUGCCGGCUGCGGAGCCGGUAGCCACUGCCGCAGCUGUGGACGGCCUCAGGACGUCGGCGCCACUGCGGCUGCCGGUGCCAGCACUCACAGGCGCUGGCGCAGCGGACGGCCUGCCCCUGCGACCGCUGCGCCAGCAGGAGGAGGCCGGGGGGGAGGGGCCGGCGUCGGCAUCGGAGUCUGAGCCAGCAGGGCAGGAGGGCUGUCUGGACGGCGGGCAGGGACCUGUCCGCAGCUGGGCUGACCUGGAAGAGCUGCGCAGUGGGGUUGGGGGGCUUGGAGGUAGUGGGCUUGGGGGUGGGGGGUCGUACCGCUCGUCGCGGCACCGCCGCCACAGCCGCCACCACGGCCACCACGGCCACGGCCACGGCGGCCACCAGCACGGGCAGAAGCACCACAGGCACCCGCAACAGCAACAGCAACAGCAACAACAACAAACGCAUGGUCAGCAGCGGAUCUGGCAAGCCGGUGGCGAGGUGGAGGAGGGCGGGGAUGUGGAUGAGGGCGGUACCGUGAGUGAGGGCGCUGACCAGGAGGCCGGCGGGUGGGCAGGCAUGCGGCGGACGCAGCAGCACGCAACGCCGGCGGCGUCACAGGCGGCGGAGGAGGCGCCGAAGGGUCUGUUGCAUCUCACGGCGCUGCGUGCGUCACCGGGAGACGGGCCCGCUGUGUCUGCUGACAUCACACCCAUGCCGGCUGCCGCAGCUGGUGAGCUCAUCUCUGCCCACGGCGCUUGCGGGGCUUCUGCGGCGGCCGACACAGCGCCGUGCUCCCCCGCGGGCACCCUGCCCCUCCGUGCGCCCACCACGACCACGGCCGCCACCACCGCAACGGCCAGUCCCGCACCCACUGCGGCCCUGAGCUCCAGCAGUGCCGCCUCCCUGCCAGCAGCAACACCCGCAGCAGCAGCACCCGCAGCAGCAGUACCUGCGGUGCAGACAGGAGCAGCGGGGCGUGCGCACAUGACAGAGCCGCAUGACGCACUGGGCGGCAGGUCUGCGUCGCAGACUGGCGGCGCCGGUGGCAGCAGCAUGAGUGGCGGCAGCAACGACGGGAGCACAGCCAGUAGCUACAGCAGUGGCGGCAGCAGCAGUCGGGCGCUGAUGCACAGGGUAGUUAGGGUGCAACAGCUGAUGGCGGCGGCGGUGGCAGCGGCAGCCCCGGGCCAUGCUGCUGCACCCAUAGCCGCAUCCCUGCCGCCGCCGCCGCCUCUGCUGACGCUACCCCAUUCCUAUCAGAUGCCGCUGCUGCAGCCACACGGGGUGGGCCGGCGGCACACCGCACCGCCCGAGGAGCCGCAGCCCGCCGCCGCGGCGGCGUCAGGGCCGGAUGCGGCUGCAGCGGGCGCGGCGGGGGCGGCGGGUCGGGGGUUGGUGGCUGAGGGCAGCCUGCUGCACCGGGUCCAGGUGUUGGAGGUGGGUCUGGACGCCUGCCUGGCCGCUAGCUGCCUGGCCCUGCAGCAGCUGGCGGAGCUCAGGCAGCAGCAGCGGCAGCGGCACCAGCAGCAGGUGGAGCAGCAGGCGCACGCACUGGCGCCGGCAUGCCCACUGCCUCCAGCUACUGCCACUGCCGCAGCAGCAGGCUACGUCGGGUCAGGCAGGGUCUGGUGCAGAGAGGGCGCGCCAGGCGCUGGCAGCAGCGGCAACACUGCUGGUCCCCCGGCACCAUUGCCCGCCGCAGCACUGGCAGCAGCGGCUGUAGCAGGAAGCCAGGACUGCAGCUUGGGUGGCACUGGCCGGCAGCAGGGCAGCAUCCGGACGCUGAUGCCGCCGCCUGACUCGCCGCCGCCACCGGGGCGCUGCGGUGACCCCACGUGCCCCGGCUGUGGGAGCGGCUGCGCGGUGAUGUGAAGUGACUCUAUCGAUAGACUGGUCGUGCUGUAUUGCACUAGGCUGGCCAUUGGCGGUGCCACGAGGUGAGGCAUUGUUUGGCACGCUAUGGCAUAUGGUGGCACUACUCCAGAGGCACGUGGUAUCCAGAGAUGUGUGCAUGAUACGGUAGGUGAGGCGACGAUGGGCCCGCAGCUCUAUCUAUAGGAAGAGUCCAAGAAUGGUGAUCAAGCCUAGUUGCUCAUGAUGCAUUCUUGCUGAGAUGCGUUGUUCCGUGGCAAGGGCUUAGUGGCUCACGCUCUCGCCAUUGUCAUGCCCCAACGUGCGUGCAUGCCGCGUGGUGGGACAGUGGCCGUCAGGUUGACGAAACCUUUGCAAGCUGCACAGGUCGUGACACCAUAUGCCUGUUCAAGACUUCAAGUUC